CUUCCUUGUGAAUCUACUUCUACAACAACAUUCAUUUAUCGGCCAAAGCCCGUAAUUGUUACAAUCUGGAUCAUUGAUAAUGAUAUUGGUGUGCGUCGAAAUAAGUUAACUGUUCAGCUAUGGACAAAUUUAACAACUGCACAUUCUUCACAUUGGAUUAGCAUCGAGUUUAAAGAAUUAAAUGAUGGCCAAACAUCAAAAAUAAUUGGGUGUGAUGAUAAAAUAAGCUAUCGAACAUUUGAAGCUGUGGUUUUUACUAAUCAUAUUAAUGAAGGAUGGUAUGAAUUCACUGCAAGAUUCAAAAAAGAAGGAGAUGAUGAAUGGCAAUGGGUCAGCAAAAACAUAAAUCAGAAUGGUAAAUUAUUCGUGGCCAAUAUAGAUCAUAAAGUUGAACACGGGAGCAAGCUGAUAAAUUCUAUUUUUGGUCAAAAUAUUGAGGAUCAAAAUAUUGAUUACAAGUUGCAAGACAAUAUUGAUUGUUGGUGCGUGUCAAGUGAUGCUAAAUUUAAUAAUGGACAACCGACCAGUGUCAAUUUUGGGAAUUUACAGAAUGUAGUUCAAUUCAUUGCAUUACGACGUCUUUCCGCAUGGUGGAUUGCACCAACAACAGGCACUGGUAAACUAGAUCUACAAGACAUGGAUGCUUAUUACAUACUAAUUCAACAAUCAACAAGUCAUUAUGUUGUCCUGAUUCCUUUGGCAUCUGAUGGAUGCAUAAGUAGUUUUCGUACUGAUAAAGAUGGAAAUUUGCGAUUGAUUACCAUAAAUAAUAGCGAGAGUGGUGCCACUGCAAAAUUUAUUAUAGGUUUUGGACAAGAUCCGUAUAUUGUUUCCCAUGCAUGUAAGGAACUGAUAAAAAUCAUUCUUGGAACUCUUGGCAAAUCUGGAGAAAACAAAGAUCAUAUAAAGGAGGAGCAAUUUUACUAUGAUUAUCUUGGCUAUUGCACUUGGAAUGCAAACAUACGUAGUCAAGACAUAAAGGAUGCAUUGCAAUCAUUAGAACAUGUUGGCAUACAUGUUGGAUAUGUUAUAUUAGAUGAUGGAUGGCAACAAGUUAAUCAACUUGAACAGCUAAAAAGUUUUAAGCCUGAUUCUGAAAAGUUUCCCGAAGGAUUAAAAGGGUUGAUAAGUGAUGUUAAAGCAAAAUUCCCAUAUUUAGAGCAUUUUGGGGUUUGGCACACUCUUUGGGGUUAUUGGUGUGGGAUCGAUCCUUCUUCUGAAUUAUCCUCCAUCUACAAAAUAGAAAAAGUAAAAAAGAAUGAUGGCCAACCACUUUACCUUAUUGAGGCACAAGAUAUUCAAAAAUUUUAUAAUGAUUUUUACAAUUAUUUAAGAAAUCAAGGAGUUAGUUUGGUAAAAGUAGAUUCACAAGGAAGCUUUGAUUUAAUUUGUUAUGAAGAAAUUAAACAUCGACAAUGGUGGCAAGAAUAUCAGGCUGCGUUGAAAAAAAGUUGUAGAAAAUAUUUUGAAAACAGGAUAAUUUACUGUAUGGCGCAAAGUCCUAAUAUUAUGCAACAGGUGUUAUCUGGACCAGGUUCGGAAGAUCUGAGUGGGAUGAAUAGACCGAUAUUCAGAAAUAGCAACGAUUAUUUUCCAGAUGAAGAAGAUUCCCAUGCUUGGCAUAUAUAUACGAAUACGAUGAAUAAUCUCUGGACAAGCAUGAUGUAUAGUUUGCCAGAUUGGGACAUGUUUCAAACGAAUCAUAAAUAUAGUGAAUUUCAUGCUGCAGCCAGAGCCAUCAGUGGAAGUCCAUUGUACAUCACAGAUCUUCCAAAUAAUCAUAAUAUCGAAGUUCUAACAAAAUGUCUAAUCAACAUACCAACUUUUAAUUCAACUAUAUCAACACCAAUAUUUUCAGCACCAAAUCAAACAAAACUAUCAACCAAAUUAUUACAAAAAAUUUUAAGAAGCAGAAGUGCUCUACCAUCUCGUUCAACUUUAUUUCAAGAUGCUACCAAAGUUGAUAAAUUAUUGAAAAUAGUUAACACCAACAAAAAAAUUGCAGUAGUUGGGCUGUGGAACUGUAGGAAUCACGUGUUGAUGGAUCAAGUUAGUCUCGAGGAUGUUUAUAGUCAAGGAUUUGGAUCUGCAGAUCCUGAAGCUAAAUACGCGAUAUACUUUUUCCAGAACCGAAAAGCGUGUUUAAUCAACACUGAACAAAAAAUCGCCAUAAUGGUGCAGCCUGCAGCUUUUGAAAUUGUAAAAAUUUCUUCGAUCGAUGUUGCAAAUGGACAAAAAUCUCCUGAAGAUGAAUUCAGCAUGAUGGUUGCAUGUUUUGGCCUAAUCGACAAAUAUAACGGCUCCAGAGCCGUGCUUUCAGCGGAAUUUGUAAAUGAGGAAGUUUAUUAUUCAGAUAUGGGAUUGACUAGAGGGAAGAAUCAGUAUAGCAAAGUUUUUUAUAAGGUCGAAUUAGUUGGAUAUGGUGAGAUUGGAUUUUAUUUAGAUGGUCCAGUUUUAGAGGUUAGAGCUUAUCUAGGGACUAGAGUGUUGAGUUAUGAAAGAGUGAAAUAUGACAGAGAAAACAAGUUGCUUAUAAUCAAAAUGGAGGUGAAAGAUAUGGAGGAAGAUGGAUUUAGAAAUGAAUCAAAUGGGGAAAUUCUAACGGUGAAAUUAAUUUUGGAGCUUGUGAUUUGUUAA